GGGGCUGCCCCGCUGUCACGUGACCUGCGCGCCGGGCCGAGCCGGCCGCUUCCGCGGGGGUCCGCACGCGGCUCCGGGGCGGGGCCUCUCUCAGGACAAGGCAUUAGUCUAGAUGCAGUAAAUUGGAAGAAAUGGAAGAAAGGAAGAUCAAGAGGAGGAGCCCCAAAUCAUCUACCAGUCACUCUGCUCAGGUUGCUAACUCCAAGAAAAGCUCAGUGCCAGUCAGUAAAAGUACAGCCUUUUCCAACCCUGCCCCACAGCCUGCCGUACAAAAACCAAAGUUAAAACGCGUAAUCAAAGAGAAAGCCAAACCUCCAGGAGGUGAAGCAAAAGGGGCACAGGCAGCACCAAUCCAGCAUUCUUUUCUCACAGAUGUAUCAGAUGUCCAGGAGAUGGAAAGGGGACUUCUGAGUCUCUUGAAUGACUUCCACUCUGGCAAACUUCAGGCAUUUGGAAAUGAAUGUUCCAUAGAGCAGAUGGAGCAUGUGCGGAGUAUGCAGGAGAAACUUGCUCGCCUCAAUCUGGAGCUCUAUGGGGAGAUGGAAGAACUCCCUGAAGAUAAAAGAAAACUAGCCAGUGAUUCCAACCUGGAUAGACUGCUGUCAGAUGUAAGUACUGGGAAGGCAGAAAACAUGGAACUUAGCCCACAGCAAAGCUCAGUUCAGGAAAACGCCGCUCCUGGGUGCGCAGUGAUUUACAGUUGAAGAGAAUGUAGCUCUUCAGUGAACCAAGAUGUGAGCCUUGCCCUCCUCUUGGUUGUGGGAAAACACAGGACUUGUUUUCAUACAUUACAGCUGCUGGUUGCUUUGGGGAGCAGAGCAGGCUAGCUGCAAGCUGCCUGAGCAUGUCAGCCUGCUUAGGGACAGCCCGUGUACUACAGAACUACAACCAUUUUCCCUAUGGCCCAUCCCCCUACAUUUGGGGAACAUGACACACAACAAGCAAUAUAGAUCUGUAUAUUCUACACUUUGUCUCGUGUAUUUCCGUAAAAAUCAAAACUGUUAAAAUUUCUUUAAAUUUCUUGAGAUGAGUAGAUUUAAACUUAAUUUGGAACUUGGCUCAUUGUACAGAAUUCAGUGUAGGUUUGAUUUGAUUUUUGUAAUAAAUCAUACAUUUCAGGCCAGACUAUUAAUUAUUUCCUUCCUUGUUUUAAUGUAUUUAUUUUAGCAUACUGCCAUAAUUGUUGCAUUUCUUUGACCAACAGAAGUGCCAUUUCUCAUAAUUUCUACAUUUAUAUUGCAGCUAGAAGAACUGAAUUCAUCUAU